AUGGCCGAGUCGGAAGAGCAUGACCCGCGCUCCAGUGCGUCAAGCGCCGAUAUUGAAUCGCACAGCGAAUCCGAUAACAUGACCCACGAGCAGAACGGCGAGUCGCCGCCACUGGAAAAGCAGUCGACCUCAGCAUCCGGCAUCUCAGCAUUCCAACAGCGGACCCAAUCCGUGGUAUCGCGCAUCCGCAGCCGCGAGCCGGGCCAGACUGCUAAAUUCACCCAUCCGCUAUCACAUACCAAGACCAGCACCGAUGUGCUGGUCGAUUUCGACGGUCCAGAUGACCCCUAUCGGCCGCUCAACUGGGGUUUCAAGAAGAAGGCUAUCACGACGGUGCUGUACGGAUUGACGACCAUGGGCGCGACGUGGGCCAGUUCGAUCUAUUCGACCGGCACAAAUCAGAUCUCCCAUGAGUUUGGCGUCUCGACGGAAGUCGGGACGCUGGGGACAGCGCUGUUGCUGUUCGGCCUGGGUCUGGGGCCCUUGGUCUGGGCGCCACUGUCAGAGGUCUAUGGGCGGAAGCCAGCGGUCCUGGCACCGUAUUUUAUCGCGGCCAUUAUGUCCUUCGGUACAGCGACGGCGAAGGAUCUGCAGACGAUUAUGUUGACUCGCUUCUUCUGUGGGUUCUUUGGCUCUGCUCCGGUGACGAACACAGGUGGUGUGUUAAGCGACAUCUGGACGGCGGAGCAGCGUGGUGCUGCCAUCGUGGGAUACGCAAUGGCUGUCGUGGGAGGACCUGUCCUGGGCCCAAUUGUCGGCGGGGCAGUCGUUCAGAGCUAUCUGAGAUGGAGAUGGACAGAAUACCUCACGGGGAUAAUGAUGAUGUUCUUUCUCACCCUGGACCUCCUCUUCAUCGACGAAAGCUACCCACCGGUCCUCCUCGUCUACAAAGCCCGCCGCCUGCGGUUUGAAACAGGCAACUGGGCCCUGCACGCCCGCCACGAAGAAUGGGACGUCACGCUCAAAGAACUGGGCAACAAAUACCUCAUCCGCCCCUUUCAACUCCUCGCCACCCCAAUCUGCUUUCUGGUCGCCCUAUACGCAUCGUUCGUCUACGGCAUCCUAUAUCUCAGUCUGGCUGCCUUCCCAAUCGUCUUCCAACAGGUCCGCGGCUGGAAUCAGCUCGUGGGAGCCCUCCCCUUCCUCGCCUAUCUGGUCGGCAUCCUCUUCGGCGCCGCCCUCAACCUCUUCAACCAGCGCUUCUAUGUCAAGCGCUACCGUGCGAACAACAACCGCCCCGUCCCCGAGGCCCGACUGCCGCCGAUGAUGGUCGGCUCUAUCAUGUUUGCGGCGGGCUUGUUCGUGUUCGGCUGGACGAGCCCCAAGCAUAUCCACUGGAUUGGCCCGAUCAUCGGUGCCGUCAUGAUGGGCUUCGGAUUCUUUACGAUCUUCCAGGCUGCGCUGAAUUACUUGGUCGAUACGUUCCAACAGUUUUCGGCGAGCGCGGUCGCGGCGAAUACGUUUCUGCGGUCGAUGUGCGCGGGCGGCUUUCCACUGUUUACGUCGGCGAUGUUUCAUAAUCUGGGCGUGCCGUGGGCGGCGAGUCUGCUGGGGUUUAUUUCCGUUGCGUUGAUUCCUAUUCCAUAUCUGUUUUAUAUCUUUGGAAGGAGGAUUCGGGCGAGGGGGAAGUGGUCGCGUGCAUCUCUGUGA